AUGCCUUCAUGGUGCAUUCACAUACACGUACAUGGGAUGGCGAAUAGGGACUGGCAAGAGUUGGUUUCAAUGUAUUCCUCUGCUACACUACGACAUUACAUGAAUGAUAAUGGCCCUCUGAUAUUGGAUGGCGGACUUGCAACUGAGCUGGAGGCGCAAGGAGCCAAAUUACAGGGAGAUCCUUUGUGGAGCGCCAGGCUUUUACAUACUAAUCCCCAGUUCAUAAGAGAUGCUCAUUACAGGUUUCUCCUCAGUGGUGCUGAUGUUAUCACCACAGCCACAUACCAAGCGAGCAUUUCAGGAUUCAUCAAUCACCUGGACGUGAGCUCUGAAUGUGCCAGAGAGCUGCUGAUGUCUGGAGUUCAUGUAGCCAAAGAGACUGUUGAGAGAUUUAUCUGUGACAGUCACUCAACAGGGCAAAGGUAUCCCAUGGUGGCAGGCUCUGUUGGCCCGUAUGGCGCCUCUCUGCAGAACGGUUCAGAGUACACGGGGGCUUAUGCAGAGCAGAUGAGUAUUGAGGAGUUAAAAGUUUGGCAUCGGCCGCAGGUCGACUGCUUGGCAGCAGCAGGAGCUGAUCUCAUUGCUUUUGAGACAAUCCCAAGUAUCAAAGAGGCUGAGGCUCUGGUGGAGCUGCUCAGAGAAUUCCCAAACUGUAAAGCCUGGCUCUCCUUUUCUUGUAAGGAUGGGAAGUGUAUAUCAGACGGCAGCUCAUUCACGGAUGCAGUCCAGAUUGCUAAUAGAUCCAAGCAGCUGGUCGCUGUAGGAGUCAACUGCUGUCCUCCAACAUUGGUUGAGCCACUGCUGGACUCUGCCAGGUCACUGCUGAGUCCAGACAUGUGCUGGGUGGUCUACCCAAACAGUGGAGAGGAGUGGGACACUGAGCAAGGGUGGCAAACAUCAGGGGAAACUUCAGUUUCAAUUCCUCAACUGAGUCACACAUGGAAAAAGCAAGGAGCUGCUUUGAUAGGUGGUUGCUGCCGUAUUGGUCCCGCUCAAAUAGCAGAGUUAAAACAGCAGUUAAAAAGAAGCUGCACCUCUCCAGCAUCUACAGUGUGACUGAGCUGACGAUGACAAUUAAGGCUGUCUGCAUAAAAGAAACACGAGAAAAGAAAUCAUAAAUUCCUACAAAGAAAAUGACGUCUGUUCCAGGACUUUAUUAAAAAAAUCUUAAUUUAUUGGAAAAUAAAUAAAUAAUUAGCCCAUUACAUCAAAUCCACGUGAGUACACAAUGACGUUGUGUCGCGUCCGAGAAGAACGGCACCGCGGGGAUGCGAAUGAAAAAAAGUGUAAGAACAAAUAAAUGGCUCUACAUAAAAAAACAUGAAAAUAAAACAUGCAGUCUUCACUGUCUGUGGUUCACAUUUUGAAUGUUUUUUCAGCAAUUGAGGGAUUCCACUAUCACUUCUGUACAGCUCCUGUUUUUUUAAAGAAAGAAAAAGAACUUGGAUCGUCUACGCCUGGGUCUUAGGAUUCACAAAGCACAACAAAACGUCAGCUGCAUUCACAACACUUUUCACUGGACGGCAUUUCCACUGAACUAAACCACUUGAACGUCGAGCCCACUCAACCUGUACAAUGAAAGAUGGAACUGUGUCAACUUUCAACAGAAUUUACAGCAAAUGUGUCAAUGUAGUGUGUCUGCUAGCAUUCACUAGUUGAGUAUAAUGCACACGCCUGCAGUGUCUCCGCAGCGUGUUUGAGGAGAUGAGAUAUAUAAUAUAACCAUAGUUAAAUUCGGAAAAAAUGUGCACAUGAUUAACACCGGAAUGAAGGGAAAACAAUCCUGUAGUGUGACUAUAACAUGUAAGAACACCUUAUCUUUAAAUACAGGGGUGGACAAAAUAACAGAAACACCUUACAAUGCAGUUACGUUAAAGUUAAUACCGCCCAGACUAAUAAAGCUUGUGUCAGUUUUAAAACUAAGAGCUUCUGCUUCAACUCAAUGCUCAUUUUUGAGGCGCCAUAAUUUGAUGUGCUGUUAAGGAAAUACCCUGUCAAGAAACUGUUCCUCUUUGUCAGUGCAUAUUUUUUUUGCCUUGCUGUUCGUCAUCAUGACCAGUGGGACUUUUCCCCCUUACUUUUAGAACUAAUGUAGAAACUCAGCAGCAAUCUGUGUGCCGAGAAGUUUUCCGCCUUAAUGUGCAGCAUCGAAAGCCAAUUUAUAAAAGCGGUGAUAGAGUUCUAUUGAGGCUAACACACACAGCUGAAUGAUAAUGUGGUUCACUUGCGUAGCUACUGAUGUGAUUGACGUCAAGUAGUUGUUGGUGUGUCAUCUGCAGAUAUUGCGAUAUGACAUAAAAGUCAUAAAAGUCAUUAUUUGAUUAAAAAGACUACAAACUACAAUACAGCCUCAAAAAUGAUAGGUGCAUUGAAUUAACAUCUUGGUGACAUCAUAUAUAUUGUCUUUUUUGUCAACAAAUCCCAUUAAAAGACCAAAACCAACAAUGACUUUAUCUUUCUAACAUAGAUUAUGUGCAGCCAAAGCCUAGAAUGGCUUAUUUCUCUGUAGAGCUCCUUUGUUGUCCAAAAAACUAUUAAUAACAAACAUCAGUGAGCUCCGGUGUAGUGAUGUUCCUUCAUUAUCACACAGACACACACUGUACUUUGGACACAGGACCAUCUGAGAGGUCGUCCUUGGUAACUGUUUGGAAAAUGGCAGGGACUUUAAAAAAAAACCCAAAAGCUUGGCAGGUGAUUGGAUGGACUACCUGUCUAUGAUUUUCUAUAACCAAGACAAGAUGGAUUCUUGUGUUAUCUUGUGAUUUCAUGAUAUUGUGAAUCCAACUGCCUCGAAAACACACACACAUAAUCCUGCUGCUGGAAAUACCCACUAGAGCACCAAAUGUGUAUUCAUCCUCCACUAAAAAUAGUCCCUAACAAAAGCACUAUUUGCUUCAGUUUGAGUAACAUUUACUAAAAAUGA